GAAAAGGAACUGAGCUUUUUCCUGUUACGUCAUUUUUGUCUUUCCUCUUCAAGACUCCCCCCCCUGUACUUCGUGUUCCCACUGCAUGUUCAUUUCUCGCCCAAAUCUCUGUCUACCACUCGGUUCAGAUCUCUCCAGCUCUUGAUCUCUCGAUGCAUCGGGUUAACUAAGGGUUUUGUUAUUUACAGGGUUUCGAAGAUUUGAGUGUUGAAAUUAGAAUAACAAUGGAGCCCGAAUCUCAGAAGAGGAAGCUGGAGGAAACCAGCCACGAGCCUCAAGCGGCUCCGACCAUUUGCGCUAAUAACUGCGGUUUCUUCGGUUGUCCGAACACAAGCAACCUCUGCUCCAAAUGCUACAGAGAUUUUCUUCUCAAACAAUCCAAAACCAUAGCCAAAAACACGGUGGCUGUGGGAAAGGAAAAGGGUAUUGAACAAACCACUGAAAAGCCCGAGAACAAUGAGUCACAACCCGGCAAAAUCUGGGACGGGGAGAAUUCGGUGAGGCCGCCACCGCCAUUGAAGUCAAACAGGUGCAGCUCAUGUAGGAAGAGGGUAGGGCUGACUGGCUUCAAGUGCAGAUGUGGUCAUACCUUCUGUUCUCAGCAUCGCUACUCAGACAAGCACAACUGCGUGUUUGAUUACAAGACCGUCGGGCAAGACGCCAUUGCCAAGGCUAACCCUGUGGUGAAGGCUGACAAGGUUGAUAAGAUAUGAAUAUGACGAUGCAUGGAAAUUGGAUUGGUGUAAGUAUGGAGGUAGGCACUACAAUUUUUGAUUCUCUGUUUGCCCUUUUGAAUCUUCUCGUUUGUACAUAUCUGUUAUGGUUUAUGAUGUUGUGUUACUAUAUA